AUGCCCGCUACAGUCGCGCAAAUUAUCGAGCCCUUCGUGGACAAGCCCGAGUUCUUGGAGCGCAUAGCCUUUCGAACGGUGAAGCCUCCCAUCACCAUAGUUGAACCUAAUCCAGAAUGGCCGCAACGGUUCGAAGCAGUUAAGGAGCGGAUUCAAAAAGCUCUUGGGUCCUUGAUCUUGGACAUCGCUCACGUCGGCUCUACCAGCGUUUCUGGCCUACCAGCUAAAGACAUUAUUGAUGUCGAUCUGACACUGAAUGAUGCCACCGACGAAUUCUCCUAUGUGAAGCCUCUGGAGGGGGCAGGAUUUCGGUUCCUUUUGCGCGAGCCACGAUGGUACCAGCACCGGUUCUUUGUGGAGAAUUGGCCUAAAGCAUACCAUGUCAACCUCCAUGUGUGGGGUCUCGACUCACCUGAAGUUGCCCGACAUCGUAUUUUCCGCGACUGGUUGCUCAAAACGCCAGCGGAUCGGGAACUGUACGCCAAAGUGAAACGUGAAGCGGCCGAACAGACGGUCAUAGCUGGAGAUUCGCUCGUGGAAUACAACCAACGGAAAGAGAAAACCAUACAAAAGAUCCUAGAAAGAGCAUUCCGUGAUUUGGGCUAUAUUGAAUGA